GUACUCUUGCUUCUUCCCAGGGAUAUGUGAUACACAUCCUAAGCUCCAGAGUGUUGCCUUCCACAGAACCCAGUGGCACCAUGAAGUCCAAUCCUGCCAUCCAAGCUGCCAUUGACCUCACAGCAGGGGCUGCAGGGGGCACAGCAUGUGUACUGACUGGGCAGCCCUUUGACACAAUGAAGGUGAAGAUGCAGACAUUCCCUAACCUAUACCGGGGCCUCACCGACUGCUGCCUGAAGACCUACUCCCAAGUGGGCCUCCGUGGCUUCUAUAAGGGCACCAGCCCUGCACUGAUUGCCAACAUUGCCGAGAACUCCGUGCUCUUCAUGUGCUAUGGCUUUUGCCAGCAGGUGGUCCGGAAAGUGGUUGGAUUGGAAAGGCAGGCAAAACUGAGUGACCUCCAGAAUGCAGCUGCUGGGUCCUUCGCCUCUGCCUUUGCUGCACUGGUGCUCUGCCCCACCGAGCUCGUAAAGUGCCGGCUACAGGCCAUGUAUGAAAUGGAGACAUCAGGAAAAAUAGCUGCAAGCCAGAAUACAGUUUGGUCAGUUGUAAAGGGCAUCUUUAGGAAAGAUGGCCCUUUAGGCUUCUACCAUGGACUCUCAAGCACUUUACUUCGAGAAGUACCAGGCUACUUCUUCUUCUUUGGUGGCUAUGAGCUGAGCCGAUCGUUUUUUGCAUCAGGGAGAUCGAAGGAUGAACUAGGUCCUGUCCCCUUGAUGUUAAGUGGUGGAGUUGGUGGAAUUUGCCUGUGGAUUGCUGUAUAUCCAGUGGACUGUAUAAAAUCCAGAAUUCAAGUUCUUUCUAUGUCUGGAAAACAGACAGGAUUUGUCAGAACCUUUCUGAGUGUUGUGAAGAAUGAAGGAGUAACAGCCUUAUAUUCUGGACUGAAACCGACUAUGAUUCGAGCAUUCCCCGCCAAUGGCUCACUGUUUUUGGCCUAUGAAUAUAGCAGGAAGUUGAUGAUGAGCCAGCUGGAAGCAUGCUGAAGUGUCCUGGUGGGCCUAACUCCAACACCGGCAUUUGGUGGCUGCUGUCAAUCUCAGGGUUGCAUUGAGUACAGGAACAAAGUGGAAUUAUUAUUUGAUUUCUUAGGAGCUUUGUCUCUGUCUUCCCUUCUUCUGCCCAAAACCUUAAACUUUGUGGAAGGACCUUAUUUCACACAUAUAAUUUCUGUCUAUAAUUGUGCCAAAAAAGAAAAGUUGCUGCUUUCGCCCUAACCUUAUACCUAACCUGAAGGCCAAAUGUAUUUCUGUCAGAGCACAAUUUCUGCAUAUAUCUAUAGGUAUACAUGCAACCUAGAGGGUUAUAUGUUGAGAAAAACACAAUUUGGUUCUGUGUUUAAUUGUAAAUGGUGACCAAUUUUCAUGCAGAUGGUUGUAAAUGAUCGCUUAACCCAUCCUAGAUAUAGGACACCUGUUGUAAGUCUGCUGAAUCUGUGCACUAGGAGGUUAAAGUGUUUAACUUUUUAUGUGGUACUUGAAAGCUAAAAUAUCUACUUAGAGUUUUAGGAAAACUUAUAUGCAUAUUGGUGUGGCUUCCACAAUAUGAUGAAAUUUCAGAAUGGGCAUCCUGGAUUUUCCCAGGAUGCUCAACUUAACAUAGUGCAAUGCAUUUUCUAGGUGGACUUAUUAUUCUAUACUCUGAUGACAUUGCUAGGUGUGGCCCAGAGGUUCAGACCUCUGAGAAACAACAGGGCUGUCAACAGUUUCCCUUCUCUUCUGUCAGAGAGCUUCCUCCCCUUGCUCUGCUGUGCUUUGAUGAAGAGUUGUGAAGCUGACAGUGCUCUCGCCUAACUCCCAUUUCUGGAUCCUGGCCCCAGCAGGAAUCUAGAGUGUUCUUUGGUCCUGGAUCUAGGGCCACUUUUAGCCCAUUGUCUCUCUGCCUCCACCAAUGAGAAGCUCUUCCAGGAAGCAAAGAGGAAGUCUUGGCUCCCUACUUUAUCAAGUGAUAAUACUCAUGGGGAAGCCAUCUUCUCUCAAAACAGAAAAGAACUCAUUAUACACUACAGCGAGUGAUGCCAGGGCUCAUCCUCCUCCAGCUCACCUCAGGAUUCUUAACUCCUUGAUUUGCUUUUCCAGUGUCAGAGCCUUCUACAUUUGGAACUUGCAGUCUGUGAAUUUUAAUGAUGACUGUAGAUGAGGAUAACUCUGUAAAGCAUUGUAACAUAAGAAAAGCAGUUUUACUAAACUAAAACCCAAUCCACAUUUCUUCUGACCCCCACAGAUAUGGGAUAGGCAGUUCUUUGGCUGUGUGGUAUAAGAGGGUCUUAUCACUGCAGAUGUAAAGCUCAUUGUACUGCUCCAAGACCAAAGGGUGGUCUCAGUGGGAAGUGUGCUUAUUCUGCCUAUAAAGCUGAAGAAAGUAGGCUGACCUUGUUAAUGCAUCUCUGCCUUGUGUGUCUGUCCCUGUUGACAGAAGGAAAAUAUUGGGUGAAACUCCCAGUCUCCUUAAGCUUUCUGCUAUUGCCAAGCCUCUCGUCACUCUUAGCUAUAGUGCCAGGAACAUAAGGGUCAGCGAAGCAAGGUGCUGCCAAAAGGGGAGGAGAUAUCUGUCAGCAUUCCUAGGUUGACUUUUUAUGAGAAAACUGUCUUUCUAUCUUAAUUUUCUCUCUGUACUUAAAUGGUCAGUAGCUACUGAGUGGUGCUUCACCUGAACAGACCUGUAUUAAAGCAAAAAUAGAAAACAGAACUAGCUUCCUGCAGGAAACUGGCCAGAGCCCAGAGUCUCCCUAUCUGGUGCCUGGGAGCUAGCCCACAUUAGCCCUUUUGGUAGUCUGUCUUCUCACAGGCCGCCCAGAAAAGGUUUCGUGAAUUAUAUUCUAUAGAAAUAGAAACAAGUGGAAGUAAAGAAUAGAUGCCUAAGGAGAAUGUUUUUUCAUUCUAUUGGUUUAAUUUGUGAUUCAAUGUUUGGGUACAGUUGUACUUGAGACAAAUAUAACUUGAGAUAUUUUGUUUAAGAAAUACGAGUGCUCUAUAUUAAAUUAUUUACCUAAUAUGA